UGACAGGAUAUCCCACAAUGCAUUGCAACGUUUUCCCGAAGAAAAAAUAUGAGCGAAAACAACUAGCUAAGAAUUGUUAAAUAUUUGCACAUUUUGGGACUUCCUAGAGUCUGCUGUAGUCAUGGCAACGACAAGUGAUGUGCGUGACAUCCUGGAACUGGGUGGUCCAUCAGGCCAGGAGGGGGAGGGGGGCACACCACGGGAAAACAUCAUGAAAACAAAAAAGGUGAAGAAACUGUCAGACACACCGACGUUCAAAAGACCAGAAGGGAUGCACCGAGAGGUCUACGCCCUGUUGUUCUCAGACAACAAUUCCACAUAUUUCAGGGACGCGCCGCCUAUCAUUCCGAGUGCUUCCAACCAAGGCUACCGCACCCUGAAGGCCAAGUUGGGCCGUAGCAAGGUGCGCCCAUGGAAGUUCAUGCCCUUCACAAACCCCGCCCGUAAGGAUGGAGCCAUCUUCAACCACUGGAGACGAGUGGCAGACGAGGGGAAGGACUAUCCAUUUGCCAGAUUUAACAAGUCAGUCCAGGUGCCAAUCUACUCAGAACAGGAGUACCAGCUUCACCUACAUGAGGAUGGGUGGACGCGGCCUGAAACUGACCAUCUCUUCGGGCUGUGUCGGAAGUUUGACCUCCGCUGGUUUGUCAUCCACGACAGAUACGAUCACGACCAGUUCAAGAAGCGCAGCAUUGAGGACCUGAAGGAGAGAUACUACAGCAUCUGUAGCAAACUCACCAAGAUUCGAGCCCCACCAGGCCAGGAGCCCAAAGUUUAUGUGUUUGAUGCAGACCACGAGAGACGGCGCAAAGAGCAGCUAGAUCGCCUCUUUAAUAGAACACCAGAACAGGUGAAGGAAGAGGAAUAUCUUAACCAGGAGCUUAAGAAGAUUGAGAUGAGAAAGAAGGAGCGGGAGAAGAAGACUCAAGACUUGCAGAAACUCAUCACUGCAGCAGACAGCUCUGACGCACGCAGAUCUGAGAGAAAAUCCACCAAGAAAAAACUUCUCACCAAAGAGAAGAGAGAGUCUUCGGGCUCUGUAGAUAUCCCAACUGGUAUCAAGUUCCCUGACUUCAAGCAGGCUGGGGUGUCCCUCAGAAGCCAGAGAAUGAAGCUUCCUUCCUCAGUGGGCCAGAAGAAGGUUAAGGCCAUAGAACAACUUCUGGAGGAGUUAGGAAUAGACCUAUAUCCCAUGCCCACAGAAGAGAUAUGUCGGGAGUUCAACGAACUCAGGAGUGAUAUGGUGUUCCUGUACGACCUGAAGUUAGCCUACGCCAACUGUGAGUUUGAGCUGCAGACCCUGCGACAUCGGUUUGAAGCCCUGGCCCCAGGGAAGAUGCCGCUGACUGUCCUCCCCACAACACCUGGUCCCAGCACGUCUGGAGCUGCCCCUGCAGAGGGCGAAGAGUCGCCUUCAAGGAAAAAGGCCUCUGACAUCAUAGAUGUUGUAUCGACUGGUCCCUCCACCCCACAGAGAAAACGCAGGGUUAGCGCGGCCGACCCAGGCAGUGCCAUCAAGAAGACAAAGAAGUUGUAGAUGUGCAGUGUAAUCUUGGAUAUAAUGAUAAACUGACUGGUUUAAUGAUUGAUUUAAUCAUAAGACAAAUAAACGACUACCUACAUGUACAUAAUUUAUCUAGUCAUAGUAAUGGGAGAAAAUUACGAGUAGAUCAUUUCUGAUAAUCCAAGUCCAAGGAGACACAGUGUUACUGUGUGGCUGAGUUUUAGAUGUUCAACAUUUAUGUUGCAUCAAAACUUAACACCAGUACGGGAUCAUUGUUGGGGUGGAGCAUUUUAAUGUUGACCUCAACACUGCAUUAACAAAAUCAACUUUGUGUGUUGGAGUGUAUGUGGAGAUAAUAUUAAUAUUAGCAAAAAACUCUCUUCAGUCUAACAUAGAGACACUUUAGGGUCAGUCUAUGUAUGGGAACUUAACAAGUUCCCAAGAAUGAACUGCUAUACAACAGACAUAUAUGCUCCCUCUAGAAGACUUUUGUUUCAUCCAAUCCAACAAGUGUGAGUGGGUUUCUUCUUGCCCCCCUCCCCCAUUUCUGUAUUUUCAAUCCUAGGGGAAUAGAUUUCCUUUCUUUUGUGAGCAUAAAACUCAGCCUACAAUGUAUCACACAAGAGUAACAAUAAAAACAAACAGACAA